CUCAAACCCCCACGGGGCCGCCACUGCGCCCUUGGGUGGCGUCGCCCGCCCUUCGGGGCCGGCGAGAGAGACGGAGCCGCGCUGCGCUAGCCCUAGGCUCCCCCGCUGCCCAGUGGGCGGGUCUGCUGGGGCGGCCUCGGGAGUGCGCGGGUACCGGACCCAGGAGCUGGCGAGGCGCGCGCCCGUGGGGGAGGGGCGGGGAGCAGAACGUCGUCACCCGCCCCGCGCGGUCCAGAACCAUGAGCUCACACAGCUCGGCCGCCUCCAGAGGCAGUGGCAGCGGGAGGGGCUGCGAGGCGGAGCCCGCGCCUGGAGCCGGGGGAACAGCUUCCCACAUCUCGGACCCCGACUCCAACUUGGGCGCGGUCACAUCCUCCGCCUCCGGGUCGAGCAGCGGUUCUGAGUGGCGGACCUUCUCCAGUCCGUUUUCCAGCUUCCUGUCGAACGUUUCCAUACCAGACCCCGGAUACGAGAAGAGCUCCGGCUCGCCCGCCCAACUCGGCUCCACUCCCGGCCCCAGGACCAACACAGACUCUAGGAUUGGCCUCUGGGGCUUCGGCGCCCACGGCCUGAACCACCAGAUCCCCAUGUCUGCCACCCGCCAGAGCACCGCCGAUGGGGCCGCGCCAGCUUCCACCCCUGACGCAGGCCACCCCCGGGUACCGGUACAAAGACCUGCCUCGCUCUCAGGUCCCCCUCUAGCGUCGAUAUCUGAGUCCACCCCGCCCGCAGUGCUCGUCUAUUCCCGAGAAUCAGUACCAGGACGUCCUACAUCCACGACCUCUACCCAAGAAUCAGGGCAAGGGUUUGUCCUGCCCUUCUCGCCCGGCUUCCUCAGGUUACCGAUUCCAGAACCUCUAACACCCAAUAACACUCCCGAGGUGUCAGCACUCGGGCUCGCCCCGCCCUCAGUGAUCGGCUCUUCUUGGAGUUCGAUGCCUGGGCCUCCCGUACCCAAUAACUCCCCGCUACUGUCAUUGCAAGGAUCCUAUCAGUUCUCAGGACCCGGCUCUCCCCGACUGUCAGUAGACGCAUCUGUUGUGCUCUCGGAGUCCUCCCGAGUGUCGGUGCAAGGGUCGCCCCCGCCCUCAGUGCUCAGUACCCCCCGGAGUUCACUGCCGGGAUCUGGCCCGCUCUUGGACUCCUCUCGAGUGUCGGUGCAAGGGUCCGCCCCGCCCUCCAAGCUCAGCUCCCUCCCGGCUCCGCAGCAAGGAUCCGCCCAGCUCUCCGAGUCCACCCCGCCCUCAGUGCCCGGCUCCCCCCGGGAUUCGGUACAAGGACCUCUUACGCCCAGGAACACCUCCCGAGGGUCGGCACAAGGGUCCACCCAGCCCUCCGUGCCCGGCUCUCCCCGGGAUUCGGUACGAGGACGUCUUACGCCCAGGAACACCUCCCGAGGGUCGGCACAAGGGUCCACCCAACCCUCCGUGCCCGGCUCCCCCCGGGAUUCAGUACCAGGACCCCUAACGCCCAGGAACACCUCCCGAGGGUCGGCACAAGGGUCCACCCAGCCCUCCGUGCCCGGCUCCCCCCGGGAUUCGGUACAAGGACUUCUUACGCCCAGGAACGCCUCCCGAGGGUCGGCACAAGGGUCCACCCUGCCCUCAGUGCCAGGUGCCCCCCGAACAUCCGCGGAAGGAUCGGCUCCGCCCCCGGGCUCCACUGACGGAGCAGUGCAAGGGGCUGCUCCGCCCUCAGUGCCGGGCUCUGCCCGAGUGUCGGUGGAAGAAUCGGCUCCGCCCCCGGACUCCCCCCGAGAGUCGGUAGAAGGGCCCGCCCCGCCCUUGGCCCGCUCCACUCCUAUACCUACGCCCCGGGAGAGUCUCAGCCAGAGCAUGGAGAGUGAGGAGAAGUCGAGUAUCGCGGGCCACAUGUUCGACGUAGUCGUGAUAGGAGGCGGCAUCUCAGGAUUGUCUGCUGCCAAACUCUUAGCUGAACAUGACAUUAACGUUUUGGUUUUAGAAGCACGGGACAGAGUUGGAGGGAGAACAUACACCGUGAGGAAUGAACAUGUCGAUUACGUAGAUGUUGGCGGGGCUUAUGUGGGACCAACCCAGAACAGAAUCUUACGUUUAUCCAAGGAGCUGGGUCUAGAGACUUACAAAGUGAACGUAAAUGAACGUCUUGUACAAUAUGUCAAGGGGAGAACUUAUCCAUUUCGGGGGGCCUUUCCACCGGUAUGGAAUCCCAUUGCCUAUUUGGAUUACAACAAUUUGUGGAGGACAAUGGAUAACAUGGGAAAGGAGAUUCCAGCGGAUGCACCAUGGGAGGCCCCACAUGCUGAGGAGUGGGACAAGAUGACCAUGAAAGAUCUCAUCGAUAAAAUCUGCUGGACAAAGACUGCUAGGCAGUUUGCAUCGCUCUUUGUGAACAUCAAUGUGACUUCUGAGCCCUACGAGGUGUCUGCGCUAUGGUUCUUGUGGUACGUGAAGCAGUGCGGAGGCACCACUCGGAUAUUCUCAGUCACCAACGGGGGCCAGGAACGGAAAUUUGUGGGUGGAUCGGGUCAAGUGAGUGAACGGAUAAUGGAACGCCUCGGGGACAGAGUGAAGCUGAGGUGCCCUGUCACCUAUGUGGACCAGUCAGGUGACAAGAUCAUCAUCGAGACACUGAAUCAUGAAACUUACGAGUGUGGAUACGUAAUUAGUGCCAUCCCACCAACUUUGACUGCCAAGAUCCACUUUAGACCUGAACUUCCAUCGGAGAGAAACCAAUUAAUCCAACGUCUUCCGAUGGGAGCCAUCAUUAAGUGCAUGAUGUAUUACAAGGAGGCCUUUUGGAAGAAGAAGGAUUACUGUGGUUGUAUGAUCAUUGAGGAUGAGGAAGCUCCAAUUUCAAUAACGCUGGACGACACCAAACCAGAUGGAUCGCUGCCCGCUAUCAUGGGUUUCAUACUUGCCCGAAAAGCUGACCGACUCGCCAAGCUUCAUAAGGAAAUCAGGAAGAAGAAGAUCUGUGAGCUCUAUGCCAAAGUAUUAGGAUCCCAAGAAGCUUUACAACCGGUGCAUUACGAAGAGAAGAACUGGUGCGAGGAACAGUACUCCGGGGGCUGCUACACUGCCUACUUCCCCCCCGGGAUCAUGACGCAUUAUGGCAGGGUCAUUCGCCAACCGGUUGGCAGGAUUUACUUUGCUGGCACAGAGACAGCCACACACUGGAGCGGUUACAUGGAAGGGGCAGUAGAGGCCGGUGAACGGGCAGCUAGAGAGGUCUUGAAUGCUUUGGGGAAGGUGGCCAAAAAAGACAUAAGAGUCCAGGAACCUGAAUCAAAGGAUGUUCCAGCUAUGGAGAUCACCCACACCUUCUGGGAGAGGAACCUCCCUUCCGUGGCAGGCCUGCUGAAGAUCAUUGGCUUCUCCACAUCAGUCACUGCCCUAUGGAUUGUGGCGUACAAAUUCAGGCUGCUGACACGAUCUUGAGGUUUCGGCCUCACGCUUUCUGCUUACUCUUUUCCCAGCAUCAUCAAAAGCAAAAUGUUGGCAAAGGCCGAAUCAUUGGACCAUCUUUAAAUGCACUGGUUUUCACCCAUAAGUUUAGUCUCAGUUGGUGUCAACGUAAAAACCACCCAAAGAAUCACCUCGUUAAUUUCAGUAAGAUCAAAGCUCCAUCACAUUCUUUGCCUUGUGUCAACUAACUUGUGUUGGCUGGUAGAAUAAAACCUUGUGACCAGCUCCCUAAUUUCAAGAUAUGUGAUUGAAAUGCUGAUGAGAAACAA